UAAAAUGUGGCCGCGCAGUAUUUAACUAAUUUUAUAUUUUUAAUUAAUUUAUUUUUUAAAUAAAUAAUUUAUGAUAAAUCGGAAGUCAGCAGAUUUUAAAGAGCAACGUGAAUUUUAUGUACGUUUAGUGCCUCAUUUACAUGCAAUUAUCCAAGUGCUAAGUGGAAAGCAAAAGGGUAGAAAAUGCCCACGGUUGCUAAGAGUAAAAGUGCUAAUUCAGAUUUAGAGUGCGGCGUCGACGAAGGAGAGGACAUCGCCUUGGCGAUGUCACCGACCGGACAGAUAGCUAAGACACCAACACCACGUGACGAAGCAGAUAGUGACGAUCAGCGUGAGACAUGGAGCGGCAAAGUCGAUUUUUUACUAUCAGUUAUUGGAUUCGCAGUCGAUUUAGCAAACGUUUGGCGAUUUCCAUAUUUAUGCUACAAAAAUGGCGGUGGCGCUUUUCUGGUACCGUAUUGUAUUAUGUUGCUAGUAGGUGGUAUACCAUUAUUUUACAUGGAACUGGCAUUGGGCCAACAUAACCGUAAAGGUGCCAUCACAUGUUGGGGACGCUUAGUGCCGUUAUUUAAAGGAAUCGGUUAUGCAGUGGUGCUGAUUGCUUUCUAUGUUGAUUUCUAUUACAAUGUUAUAAUCGCUUGGAGUUUACGUUUCUUCUUCGCCUCAUUCACAAAUAAUUUGCCCUGGACGUCGUGUACGAAUCCAUGGAACUCGGACUAUUGCAAACCGUUUGAAGUUCAACAAAAUACAAUCAUGCCCAUGCAACCCACCAUUCAACCGCUAAAUAUAUCUAUGAACUUCACCGAUUUCGCAUUUGACAAUCAGUCCGUAUUGAGUUACAACGAAAAUAAAACUUUGGAAAGUACAACGACAACAGAGCGAUUUCAUUCCGCAGCAUCCGAAUAUUUCAAUCGAUAUAUACUGGAACUGAAUCGUAGUUCGGGUUUAGACGAUCUUGGCCCAAUUAAAUGGGAUAUGGCCGUKUGCUUGCUAGUCGUCUAUCUCAUCUGUUAUUUCUCUUUGUGGAAAGGUAUCAGUACGUCCGGUAAGGUUGUGUGGUUCACGGCGCUCUUUCCGUAUUGUGUGUUGUUGAUAUUGCUCAUACGUGGCAUUACACUGCCUGGAUCCGCCAUGGGUAUAAAAUACUAUYUGAAUCCAAACUUUGAUGCUAUCUACAAAGCGGAUGUGUGGGUCGAUGCGGCGACACAGGUSUUCUUCUCAUUGGGACCUGGUUUCGGUGUGCUUUUGGCGUACGCUUCAUACAAUAAAUACCACAAUAAUGUCUACAAAGACGCGCUGCUUACGAGCUGCAUCAAUUCGGCUACCAGUUUCAUUGCUGGCUUUGUGAUAUUCUCCGUGCUUGGCUAUAUGGCUCACACAUCUGGACAAAAUAUUGAAGAUGUCGCCACCGAGGGUCCCGGUUUAGUAUUCGUCGUUUAUCCAGCGGCCAUUGCCACCAUGCCGGGCAGCACUUUUUGGGCUUUGAUAUUUUUUAUGAUGCUUCUAACAUUGGGUUUAGAUAGUUCCUUUGGCGGUUCUGAGGCUAUUAUAACGGCUUUAAGUGAUGAAUUCCCAAAGAUUGGCAAAAAUCGUGAGAUCUUCGUUGCUAUACUCUUCUCGCUCUACUUCAUUGUGGGCUUGGCAAGCUGUACUCACGGUGGUUUCUAUUUCUUUCAACUACUGGAUCGCUAUGCCGCUGGUUAUUCAAUACUUGUGGCGGUGUUCUUUGAGUCAAUAGCGGUGUCGUGGAUUUACGGAACAAAUCGCUUUUGCGAAGAUAUACGCGACAUGAUCGGCUUUCCACCCGGCAAAUACUGGCAAAUUUGUUGGCGCUUUGUAGCGCCACUCUUUCUACUCUUCAUCAUWGUAUAUGGUCUGAUCGGUUACGAACCGCUAACAUAUGAAGAUUACACGUAUCCAGUAUGGGCCAAUACGUUAGGUUGGUGCAUAGCGGGCUCCUCGGUGAUGAUGAUACCGGCGGUGGCGAUUAUCAUGAUGCUCAAAACACCGGGUACCAUUAAGCAGCGCUUAAAAAUACUCACCACACCUUGGCGCGAUCAGCAGGUCUCAGUUAACGGAGUGACGGCGGAGGCAACACAAGUGCGGCUCACCGAUGCCAAAGAGGGUGCUGAGGUCUGAGAUCAGCCAUUUGCAAGGUUCAAAGUGUAUUAUGUGUGAUUUCGUUSCAUCAUUUUUGCAAUAGUUAAGCGGAAAGUCGGCAAUAUURUUAAAGUUCUGCUGUUUUUGCCAAAAUUGUGCCACCGUGCACAUUCAUACGUAUAUACUAUAUWUGUAUGCAUUUACCUGCGUAUGUAAUUUGAUCACUAGUUAAUGYUCACAUGAAAUUAGGGAAUUAGUUUUUAAGUAUUUGAUAGUGUAUAAAAGUAAAUAAAUGAAUUGCUAGUAGUGUAAUUAGAAAAUAACCACAAAUUUUGUACACUUAUACAAAUGCAAAUUUCACAAACAACGUAAUUUACUUAGGUUUCGCUGGCAUACAGACUUGUAUGAAAGCUGCACAGCAAGCAAACAGCUGCAAAUAAUCAUUGCAAUACUUAYAAGCCAAAAUGCAUACAUAUGUAUUGGUGCAUAUAGUGGCAUGUAGGCAGUGAGAGGCCCCAACCAGAAAACUAUUUGUACUUACAUAUAUCAUAUAAGUACAUACAUAUGUAYAAGUGUGUAUAUAAAUAUAUGCAUACAUGUGUAAA